UUAAUAAUAUCAUAUCUAAUGGAAAACAUCGAUUUAUCGUUUAGGAAAUUUUUUUUGCUAUAGUGCUAUUCAUGUUUUUGUGUCGCAAUUAGCGAAACUUUAAAUUUUGCUUCGAGAUUGGGUGUUCAUGUCACGGGUAGGCCUGCCUUGGACCCCCUUCUUUAAACCCACUCCACGGCAGAAUAGGGUUGAGUAUCCUAUUGCAUCACACCUGAUUUUGGUUUUUUUUCAGAAACAGAAAUAAUUUAUACUAAAAUUACAAAUAUGUUUUCAUAAAGAUAAUAUUUUUAUCACUUUAAAAUCAAUUAGAAUUUGAUGAAUGAGAUGAAUGAGAAGAUGUGUAUCAUUUUGACAGUAUUUACUUCCUGGUUGGACAGUUGAUUGGGGCUUGAUGGCUUGCUAAUGAUCCGCCAAGCCUAAUUCAAUCUUUUGAAGUUAUAUGGUCAUUAUGCCCAUUUGAGUGUAACAAAUUAGAGUGGAGAUUUGUUUGAAAAAAAAAAUUGGAUUACAAAUAAGUAUUUUGUGGGAACCUAUACAUAAGUCUAAAUGUAAAUCAAAUACAAAAUUCAUAUUCUAGUUCACUGCUCCGAAGUUUUCUUGAAUAUUAUGGAAUACAUGUGUUUUACGGAUAAAAUCCUUAUUAAAAUAUGUUGCGUGACUAAUAAUGAGUUCAUCAAAAAAUAAAAUGUGUAUAAAGGGAAGUAAUAAUAAGGAUGAAUAUAUUGCAAGAGCUUCUGAGUCGGACAUUGAUGGACAUAUAUCUGUUCGUCAAAUUUUAAGUGAAACAAUAUUGUUUUGUUUGAUGAAGCAUUGUCUGUAUUUUGACGAUUGAAAGAAUAUUAAUACUAUAGAAAUACUAAAGAGACUAUUCCUGAAACUGUGUCUUUCAACAUGCCAGGCAACAAAGGUAGUGCUGCCGCCGCGGCCAAUUCUACAACAAAAGGACAACCAAAGCUGUCCUCAAAUAGUAAUAUUAUGGAGUUUCUAAAGUCACUCGAGGCAAAAAUCGAUUCAUUAGAUAAAAGGGUGUCUUCUUUUGAAAAGGAUAUUAAAACGUUGUUUACGCAGAUUCAUGAUCCUAGGAACUCCUGUUUUGAAAGUUUCAAAAAAAUUGAUGAACGUAUUGAAAGGAUUGAAUUCAUAAUGGGAGAAUAUCAGUCUCGCAUUCAGAAAAUUGAACGGGAAAAUGGGGAUCUAAGAGACAAAUUAACAUAUUUGAAAUCCCAGACAAUGCGCAACAAUCUUGUUUUUGGAGGUAAGAAACUACAUGAAAUCCUCCCCAACAAGCUGGAAAUUGCUCAAACCACCGUUAAGUCUAUGAAAAUUGAGCGUAUACACAGGAUCGGUGAACAAAGUGAUAAAUCUUUUCAAGUACCGGCGAUAACUCUAUCAGGAGUUGAAGUUACAGACCUUAAACAAGUACUUGACGACAGCAAGCCGAAGAUGCCACCACAAAAUAACGACUCUGGGUGUAUUAAAACAGAACCAGAAAGAAAAACCUCUAUCCGAGAAGCAAUUGACAGUAUGCACAAAUUACCAGAUGAUUACCUAAAUGCCUUAAAGUGCUGUAGAGAAAUAGGAAGCGUUGAUGAUCAAGAUUCUCUGGAGGUUGUAUUGUCGAGACAAAAAGCAAUAAAAAGUCUGUUAGAUGCGAUGAAGAAAUUUCCAAAGAGUAAAGAACUUCAACUAGAGGCUUGCAGAUCUCUCCUCAAACAAGUUCAACAUUCAGAGGCAAGCCUUCAUUACUUAUCAGAGAAUGACGGCAUGAAACAGUUUCAGGUGGUUAUUAAGAACUUUCCAGAAGAUACAACCAUUCUAGCAGUAAUAUUAGACAUCUUUGGGUUCUAUUCAUUUCAAGACGAAUGGCGGGAUCUGUUGACAGAGAAUGUUAAUCCGUCCGAUUUUCUAACUACGAUGGCACGUCACGAGAAUGACGUCAUUAUAAUAGAAAAAUGUUGUGUUGUUGUUGGCAACCUUGUACUGUCAGGUGACAUAGCCCGAUCCCUGAUGUAUGUUGGAGGGGUACAUAGUAUUAUUUCAAUGAUGACAAAGUAUAGCCAGAAUGUGGAUAUUCUGAAACAUUGCUGUACUGCAUUGGGAACAUUUGCUUCACACGAUGAUACAUGCCAAGCGGUCUCCGAAGCGGGUGCUACUUGCGCUGUCAUGACAGUAAUGACGUCAUUUCCGAAUAAUCCAGCGCUACAAGAAAGUUGUUGUUGGGCACUUGCGAGUCUCUCGAGAUCAGAUUGUGUCUGCAUGGAACUGAUGUGUACAGAUGCAUUUUCUGUCUUGCUGAAAGCAAUGACGUCAUUUCCGGUCGUAGAAUGUAUUCAAGAAUAUGGUUGUUGGGCAUUGUGCAAUCUCGUAGUAUUAGCGUCCCGACUCGGUGAUGAAGACUGUCAGAAGGCUGUCGGGAUUUUGAUAGACUGUAGCAGCGCUUUCACAAACAAUGUCGAGCUGCUGGAACAUGUCUGCUAUGCCGUUAACUCACUAAUUUCCCUCAAAGAAUGUGUGCAUGAGACUGUUGUAAGAUUAGAUGGUGUGACAAAACUGAUUGAACUUAUGAGGACAUACGAGGAGAAUGUUGACAUACAGCUGAAUAGCUGUAAAGCUAUCGGAAAUAUCGCAGUAAAUGCUGAUUUUCGGAAGUAUGCAGAGGACAUGGGUGCGUCAGAAGCAAUAAUUGCGUGUAUGCUAAAGAUGGAAAAGAACUUAAUGAUACAAAACACUUGCUGUAUGACCUUAACAAACCUGUCAGCUGAUGCUGCUGACAACAAGUUUCGUAUCUUGAAGAACGGCGGUGUACAUGCCGUCUUACAAUCAAUGGCCAACAACAGAGAUGACGAAAAUUUGCAGCUGAAUGCUUUAAAGUUACUGUGCAAUCUCAUUGAAUCAGACAAAGGAUGUUGGUGGAUUGCAGAAGAAAGCGGUAUACAGAUAAUCUCUAUGACCCUAAAAUCAUACUGUCAGUCGCAAGAGAUAUUGGCUUUCGGAUGUACAUGUCUAGCAAACCUACCCAGGAGAGGUGUAAAUGCAAUUGCCCUGGAGAGUGUAGAGUCUACGUUAUUAUAUCUCAGAAUGUCUUUAUCGACGAGUGUAGAGGUGGCGCGAGGUGUUUGUAGCUUCUACGAAAACGCUCUCAAAGCAGGAAAGGAGAGCAGGAAACUGUUCAACAAGAAUGCUAUGGAGAAAGUACUACAUGUCAUGCAAGACUUUGACGAUAUUGAUGUUAAAAUCAGCGGCUGUAAAAUAAUUGCCCAAGUUGCAAUCGAUGAAGAUACUGAUCUUUUGACGCGCGAAGUUGCAGUUGUUCUUUUAUCAACAAUGAAAAAGUACGAAGAAAACAGCAGUAUCCAAAUGAUUUGCUGUGGCACCAUCUCUUACCUUUCCGCCUCAGGGAAAGGUCUUGAAACGUUACAAGAGAUGUGUUGUAUUGAUGUGCUACUAAGAAGCAUGAAAGUGCAUUUACACAAUGCCGAGAUCAUUGCUGUUUGCCUGUUGUCUUUGGAAAACAUCUGCAGGGCCGAUCUUGUACGCGGAACAACAACACAACACGUAUGUGACGCUGUGGCGUUGUCCAUGAAAACUCACCCAGAUAACAAGGAGAUACAACUGGGUGGCUGUCACAUUCUCUCCAUCAUUGGAACAGGUUUUCAUAAACAAAAUGAAUUACGUCGUCAAAGCGUUGAAUUUUUAGAACCAUUGGCAAGUGUUGUUCAUAGAAAAAGCGUCACGGAUGAGAUACUGCAGGUUGCGUCUGCGGCUAUACAUAGACUGAGGAAAUUUACAGAUGAUGUCUUGGAAGACAGAAGUGAUCCUUCUGUAUCAAGCGAAGAAAUGCCACUCGGAAUUGAACUACAAAGUACAAACUUAAAAGCACCAAGGAAUUCUCUAAUAAAUGACUCAUCUAGUGAUAAAACAGACAAAACUGUUGACGAAGAUUAGUUAAACAGAUUCUUGUCAGUUGCAAAAAUAAACCCGACAGAAUUUCCGGGUAUUUUUUACUUCAAAAGUAUGUCAUGUAUGGUUCCGAAGUUUCAAGUAUUUAAUUAUCUUUUAUGCUGAUGCAUUUGUUUUGAAAAAUCGGUCAUGUUAAUGUUAUAAAGCCUUUAUGCCUAAAGAAUUUAACUUCGUGUGACAUAGAUUUUAAUCAAUAUCACAUCAGUAAUCUUUAGGUGAAGUGCUGCGGCCUUUUGGGAUCGUGGGAUCCAUUCGAUAUCAACGGAAUAGAAUUCCGCAUAAGCCGGUGCAAGGGGGCGUGAGAGGUGUUGCACUUUCCAUUACCUGUUAUGAACAGAUUCAGUUAAACCUUGUCUGCUCUUAUUACUCUUGGUUUCAUUCUUUGCAUACAAAGGAUCUUCUUACAAAUUUUGUUAGAAGAUUGUUGAUUUUUCUUCAGGAGUGUGUGAGACCGCCUGUUGCGCUAAUACAGUCACGCCUUGACGCAAUUAUUUCGCCAUUAUCUUAUUUCAACCUCUGUGUUCUUUUGGCUGCGAAAUCAUUGCAUAAACAUGGCCAAAGGCUCAAAACAAACGCAUCCAGAUAAAAUUCAAUUAAAUGCUUCAAAAUUGGUGUCCAUUAUGAUAAUUUGAUAUCUGGAAAUUGUGGGAUGUGGGGGUGGGGUGGAUCUGGGGAGGAGAGGACGUGAAGAGAUAGAACUACUGUGUACACACUUUCUUUAGCAGUAGGGUAUAUUUAUGAUUGUUAUUAAUGUUAUUCAUGUUAACAUGGUCUUGAUGAUAAACAUAAAAAACUUUUAAUGACAAUGCACUAUCAACGUAUUUUUUGCCCAAGAUCUAAAUUUGUUUAAACUUAGAUGAUUAAACACUGUCUUUUCUGGAUCAACAUGUGAUUCAGACGUGUUUGACAUGAUCAUGUGGAUGAUUUGAAUGUAUAGCAUUGAGGCUGCCGUUAUGCUGUCCUGAAAAAUAGUUAAAUCGUGUUUUAGCUGCAAACCACCAUUUGAUACAUAUAAAUAUGCUACAAAUUAUAAUACUUAAAUCUAAACAGCUGGAACCUUUCUUUACUCUCUCUUGUAAUACAUGUAAUGGUUGUUUUGACCCAGUUAUUUCUGUUUGUUGUGAUGUAUGGUUAUACUAGAGCAGGUUAAUGUCAAUUUACAGUCACAUAAUUCAGUUUCAUAACCAAAAAUGUAAUCCUUAAUAGUUUACUUACGAAAACUUAUCCACUACAAGUUAGUGACAAUUUGUAACGAAACAAGGUUAAGAUCCUGUUUGGGGACUCAAAGUCACAAAGAAUCUGUUCUUUUGUUCCUUCUGGUAGCAGAUAAGUCUUGUAAUGGUGUAAGAUUCCUCUCAAACUUACGUGCCAAUUUUAUUGUUUUACAAAAAUAAAACAAAGGAAAGAUAAUCAUAUUAGCUUCGAGCGUGGCAAACAUUACAUAGAUCUAUACUUAUUGAAAAAAAGUGAUUGUGUGGAUACGAUCUCAAUUAAGUAUGUUCUGCAUAAAAUCUCUCUUACUGACACUUUUACAGCUGGAAAUAUGAAUCUAACAUGUGACUUUAUUUAUUGUCAUGGUGAUAUAACUUAAAUAAAGUUUGCAUAAA